AUGAAGCUCACAAAGCUUCUCAAGUCCGCCGUAAAAGCAUUCACGAUUGCCUUGUGCCUCGUACUGGCCGACGUCGCCGCCGCAGCCCCCGUCGUCGCUGAUCAAGCGGCCAGCAUGCCCCCGGCACCCAACACAGCCAUGGCCAACAUCGAGUGCGACACGCUAGACAUAUACGAGAUGUGCACGGCGAGCAACAUGCAGGCCUCGCACAAGGUCCGCAUGCUCAUUCUCUCCGACACCCACGCUGGCGAUCUAAAAGAUGUGCCCUUUCCCAAGGCGGAUGUGGUCCUCCACUGCGGCGACCUAACGAAUGACUCCCGUUCCGCAGAAUUUGAGAAGUCACUAGCGGUGCUGCGUACCAUCGAUGCACCCCUGAAGUUAGUUAUACCUGGCAAUCAUGACUACAGCCUCGAGCAAGGUUAUUGGGAAGGAAAGUCCGCCAAGAGUCUCGCGGAUUCACGGCAACAAGAGGGCAACAGCAGGGAUCUCCACUCGCGGACAGCCAAUGUCGAACCUCUGGAGAACAACGUAGAGAGUGACGAGGAUACCAGGACCUCCUGGGACCUCAUCCACCGCGCCGCUAGGGAUGACAACAUCUUCUUACUCCCACAAGGAUUGCACGCCCUUGCGAUACCAACCCGCUCCGGCCCUGCGCGCCUCCGGCUCUUUGCGAGUCCCAUGACACGUCGGUGUGGUACCUGGGCCUUCCAGUACGACCGGUCCAUCCCUUAUAGAUGGGGCAUACCCCCAAUGACGACCGACGGGGAUCCGGUCGUAGACGUGGUGAUGACGCAUGGCCCGUCGCUGGGCAUCCGUGACGGGACGGGCAUGCGGCGGACAGGCGACAAGCGUCCGGGCGCCGGAUGCGCCGCCCUGCUGUCAGCGGUGGAGCGCGCGCGACCGCGGCUGCACUGCUUUGGGCAUAUCCACGAGGCAUGGGGCGCUGAAACGAUCACCUGGCGGCGGGAAGUGUACGCGUCGGGCCAGGACUGGGGAUCAGAUGCUCCGACGUGUGGCAACCUCGUCGAUGCACGGGAGUCCCGGGUACUGGCAAGUCUACUGCCGUUCAACGAUAGCUGGACUACCGGUCAGGAUACCCUGGAGUCUCCGCCGCCAGCACGGGAUCAGGAACCACCUAGGAUGGACGGAGGAUGCUGUACCCUGGACAUCUCGCUUGAUGGAGAGCAUGCAAUCAAGCCUGGUGUGCAGACCCUCUGUGUGAAUGCGGCUAUUGGACUGCGGCCUGCACCGUGGCGCGGCAUGCCGUGGCUAGUUGAGAUGGACUUACCAUCAGCAGGCGAGGAGGACGCUUCUGCAGCCACGGAGACCAAGUGUCGACAGCUAUCAUAA